CUACGCUUUCAGCUGGAACUGGAGUUUGUGCAGUGUUUGGCCAAUCCUGCCUACUUGCAGUACUUGGCUCAACAACGACAUUUUGAUAAUCCUGCUCUCAUCAACUACCUUGCAUAUCUCAAAUACUGGCAGAAACCUGAAUAUGCCAAAUACAUUCAAUUUCCAUAUGCCCUGCAUAUUCUAGAUCUCUUGCAACAUGAAUCGUUUAGAAAAGCAUGUGCUAGUGCAGACACUGCUGCUUUUCUCCACAAGAAACAAUACUACCACUGGGAAGCAUACAGA